AUGGAUAAUUACAAGAUAAUCAACAAAAUUGGAGAAGGGACAUUUUCAGAAGUGGUGAAGGCUCAAAACCUGAAAGAUGGGAAAUAUUAUGCGUGUAAAACGAUGAAGCAGUCACUCAGCAGCCUGGAACAGGCCAACAACCUGCGAGAAGUCCAGGCCAUGAAAAUACUUAACCCUCACCCAAACAUCAUUCAGCUGCAUGAAUUGAUAUUUGACAAAGAGUCAGGGACUCUGUCCUUGGUAUGUGAGCUGAUGGAGAUGAACAUCUAUGAGUUCAUACGAGGGAGGCAGCAACCUUUGCCAGAAAGUAAAAUCAGACACUACAUGUACCAACUUUGCAAGUCACUCGAUCAUAUGCAUAGCAACGGGAUCUUUCACCGGGACAUUAAGCCAGAGAACAUUCUAAUCAAACACGACGUGCUCAAACUUGGAGACUUUGGCUCAUGCAGGAGUUUGCACUCCAAGCCCCCCCACACAGAAUACAUCUCCACCCGCUGGUACAGAGCCCCAGAGUGCCUCCUCACAGACGGCUAUUACUCCCACAAGAUGGACAUGUGGAGUGUAGGAUGUGUUUUCUACGAGAUCAUCAGUCUCAGCCCUCUGUUUCCGGGAACCAAUGAGUUGGAUCAGGUGACCAAGAUCCAUGAUGUUUUGGGUACACCUGACAACAGUCUCCUUCAAAAAUUCCCUCAGUCUAGGGCGAUGCGUUUUGACUUCCCUCUGCGGAAAGGCAGUGGAAUAUCUCAGCUCAUCCCAAACUGUUCAGCACCCAGUCUGUCGUUGCUCUACCAGAUGCUGACCUACGACCCAGAGGAGCGCAUUGGCGCAAGAGCGGCGCUACAGCACAUCUUUUUUAGAGAGCUACGGCUGGCGGAGAGGAGAGCUGAUAGUCUGCGCAGGGCCAUUGUGACUGUAGAGGGAGGAGAGAGCAGUGGCACCCCCAACUCUGUGGAUCACCUGCGGCGCAUGGCCAGACAGGGCAGGAGGCAGCACAACAGUAAGCACGUUGCCGAGCCUCUGAUCAGACGCAACGCCCCACAGGUGGAGUUACCAAAGCUCAAUGUGGUAGUGCCUGCACCCCAGAUUACCUACCCUGUUAGCACAGUGCCAGUUCUCACCAUCACUCACCGUGGGUCCCUCCCAGCCAUCACAUCAAAAAAGUGCUACUCGCGGUUGGCUAAGCCAAGGGAUGAAUCCCACUGCUCUGCUUUCAAGACCUACUACAUGCCUCCUCUGGAUAGGAAACCUGGUGGCUACUGAGAGCCCCAAUUCUUAAGAACUGUUGCUGUUCAACAGACCUGUUGUACCUACUCGGAUUAGAUUUUUUUUG